AUGUCCCAACUCCUCGCAGGCAAGGUCGCAGCCAUAACCGGAGGCGUCACAGGAAUCGGUCGAGCCAUCGCCAUCGAAUUUCUCAGACAAGGUGCUUCCGUCACAGUCAACCAUCUCGGCGAUGCAUCCUCCCAACAGCACUUCGAAAGCCUGCAGCAAGAAGUCCCAGAUAAAUCGAAACUGCUAGGCAUAUCCGGUGAUAUUGGCCUCAAGGAAACCGGCACGACACUCGUAAACGCCACAGUCGAAAAAUUCGGCCAACUAAACAUCUUCGUCGCAAACGCCGGAGUCAGUCAAUUUCGCGACUUCCUAACCCUCGACGAAGAAACCCUCUCCUCCCACCUCCACACCAACAUCCUUGGCACAUUCCUCUCCACCCAAGCCGCCGCAAACCAAAUGGUACAACAGAACACGGGCGGAAGUAUAAUCGGAAUCUCCUCAAUUUCCGCCCACCUCGGUGGAGCCCAACAAGUCCAUUACACACCCACCAAAGCCGCAGUAUUAAGUAUGAUGCAAUCGCAAGCCUGUGCUUUAGGGAAAUUCGGUAUACGCUGUAAUGCUCUUCUUCCCGGGACGACGAGAACGCAAUUAGCUGCGGGCGACCUUGCAAAUGCGGAGAAAUUGAAGUAUCUUGAGAAUCGAACGCCGUUGGGAAGGGUCGCGGAGCCGGAGGAUAUGGCGGGGACGGCGGUGUUUCUGGCUAGUGAUUUGAGUAAGUUCGUUAGUGGAGCGCAAGUUACGGUGGAUGGGGGUUUGUCAAUAUCACUGCAAUAGGAGCAUCAUCUGAGUGGCAGUGGG